CCAAACAAAUUACUUGUUUAGUUGCCAUCCGAACGUGAACGACUGUUGAAGAUUUUUAUUGCGCUGAGACGAAUUACAAUUGUGAAAUGGGUAAACCAAAAAUUUAUUUUUCUAAUGGUCCAGCAUCCAGAUCGGUUGGCUUAACAGUAGAGGCCCUCAAGUUGGAUGUUGAAUACAUCACUGUCGAUGCUACUGCUGGUGAUAAUAAAACGCCUCAAUACAUCAGCAUGAAUCCUCAAUCCACUGUACCAACUUUGGACGACAACGGGAAAAUUGUUUGGGAUAGUCAUGCUAUAAUACGGUACUUGGCCACAGUUUACGGAGAAACGGACUCAUUAUGCCCGAAAGAACCGUUUUUGCGAGCCAAACUCGACCAACGCAUUCACUUCGAAGAUGGAGUCUUAUUUCAAAAGUUUGCUACCGUUGUCCGACCGAUAUUUCACGGUAAGGAAACCGUAUUCGAUCCGGAGGCUGUAACGGCAUUGUACGGAGCAAUCGAUUUAUUGGAAGUGUUUCUGAAAGAUGAUGCGUAUUUUGUUGGCAACAAUUUAACUGUUGCCGAUCUGUGCAUUUGUGCAACAUUGACAACGAUAAUAAAUUACUUUCCGUUGGAUGAAAGACGACAUCCUAAGUUGAUCAUCUGGCUAAAUAAGAUGAAACAACUGGAAUAUUAUGAGCGGGCAAACGGGCAGCCGUUAGCAAACUUAAUCAAAGCGAAUGAGGAACGAAUGAGAACAGAGAAAUCAAUGUAAUUGAAUAGCAAUCACAAAUUUGUUUGUUCUCAAAUUUUAUUGUCUAAUAAAUCAGUCAGCUUUUUCCGA